AGAGGGUUGCCUUCCUUCAGCGGCGGGACCACGGCGUGGAAAUCGCAAGGACUAACUUGAAACAAUUCUCAAACCUAAGAAAAAAAAACCUUUACAUGAAUUAGCCUCGUGUUGAAUUAUGACAAAUCUGUUAAAAUUUUGAGCUUUUUUUUUUUUUUUUUUUUAAGCAUUUUGGUGCAUCUCACAAACCGCAACAAUUUUUUUUCAACACGCUUAAAUAAAUGCGUGUUUUUUUGUGACUGCAUUGGAAAAGUACCUCGACUUUGACUGCGUAACUGGAGUAAAAAAAGAAUGGAACGAAUUCCAAGCGCGCAGCCACCUCCUCUGUCCAAACACCAGGCUGAUCUGUCAGACGUGCAGGGGAUGGAUUUCCCGAUGUAUGUUUAUAAACCCAGGCGGGGAAUGAAGAGAGGAGAGGACAGCAAGGAAACCUACAAGCUGCCUCACAGACUUAUUGAGAAGAAAAGGCGUGACCGGAUAAACGAGUGCAUCGCGCAGUUGAAAGAUUUAUUACCAGAGCACCUGAAACUCACGACUCUGGGCCAUCUGGAGAAAGCUGUGGUUUUAGAGCUGACGCUCAAACAUGUGAAAGCCCUCACCUCUCUUCUGGAGCAACAGCAGCAGAAGAUCCUCGCUCUGCAGAAUGGCAUUGAAAUUGAGCAGCCUCCUGUCAGCCAGGAGAAGUCAGAGGAGAUGUUCCGUUCUGGCUUCCACAUGUGUGCCAAGGAGAUUCUUCAGUAUCUAGCCAGUCAUGAGACUGAAGGAGACUUCACGCCGUCCCAUGUGAUCAAUCACCUUCACAAGUUAGCUGCGGAGGUGCUGCAAAAUCCAGUCCGACCCCGCACCCCUCUCAGCCCCCGACACGAGGAAAAAAUCCCUACCUACCACCAACCUCACAAGGAGAUGCACACCAGCUUACCCCCUAAACCCAGCGAGGGCUAUGGGAGGAACUGUGUGCCUGUCAUCCAGCGGGCGUACGCUCCGCCGAGUAGUGAGCAGAGUGGCAGUGAUACGGAUACAGACAGCGGCUACGGGGGAGAGCUGGAGAAGAAUGAAUCAGGGGCACCACAGGGGCGCCCAGAUUAUUACGGCCAGGAGAGCCAGCUGAAGCGAGCGCUGGGAGAGCGGCAGAGCUCCAGCAUCAAGCAGGAAGAUGAUGAGCCGCGCCACAAACGACCCCGGGUGGAGUCGUCUGAAGAUGAGCUGCUGUCAGGUGGAGAGUCGUCAACUUCGUCGUCCUCUAGCGGUUAUGGUAGUUACAUGAGCGUAUCCCCCAACCAUCCACCUCCUCCACAUCCCCUCUGCAUGCCUUUCUACCUCAUUCCACCCUCUGCUGCAGCCUACCUGCCAAUGCUGGAGAAAUGCUGGUACCCCGGAGCCAUGCCCAUGCUCUACUCUGGCGUUGGAGGCUCCGCACCCGCCAUGUCCAGUGAAAGACCGCCUCCACCUCAGCUAGUGUUGUCUCCCAGGGGAGGCUCCCCGGCCCCAGCCAUAUCUCAGACCCCCAUGGACUCCCCUGCCCUCCUUCAGGCACUAAAGCAGGUACCACCCCUCAACCUGGAAACCAAAGACUGAGAGAUGAGAUGAACAGAUGAACAGAUGAUCCUGUUCUAGUACCUAGGAGCAGAGACAGUAGAAAACUGAGCCGUUCCAUAAACCAUCCUCAUUCCUCUCCUCUGCCCUGCAGCCUGGAGGUCAAACAGCAAAUCAGAGGACUUGUAGAAAUGAUCAAGGACAGAUAGAGGGAGGGGGAGGGGGGGCGGCAUCCAUCCACACUUGGAUGAUGCAAAGCUCUGGAUGAAUGUUCAAUGCUCAGUCAUAUUACUCAGUGCAAAUGUAUCAUAUGAACUGGACCUGCCCUGCAUACAAACACACACACACAGACACACACACACACACACACACACACACACUUGGUUGAAUGUAAAGAAAGUAAUGUUCUAGAUGCUGCUGUUAAAGUAUAAACGCCGAUGACACUGAUGCAUCUCACUUGUAGCUGUUGCGAUAGAGACAUGCCAUCUUUGUACUCUAGAAAUCAUUGCACCAAAUGUUUAGUGGUAAUAUUUCACCCAAAGUUUGACGCCUAUGUCCUGUAGGUCACCAUUAUCUUCACUGAAAAUGCCCUUUGAACCAGACACUAUGAUGACCGACAUCAUAAUAAUACAAGGGUUCCCUUAGGUGUGUACAGACAAGAGUAAGGAUACACCCAAAGCGCGGAUGAAGGAAUGGGCCACCACAUGACCACACUGAAUGAGAAGUCUUGUUUUUCAUUGACUAACAGACAGAUGAGAUGGAGUUUCUGUAAUUAUUGUUCAUAGACUUCUUGUACAUUUCUAUUUUUGAUACCUGUUCUCCCACUCUGUCCAUCUGGAGAGAUAGAAAGAGGGAAGAGUGUGGACAAAUGUACGUUGUGUACUCAGAAACUGUGUACAUACUGUAGCACUGUGCUGGACCUGGUCUGCAUACUCAACAUCUGUUUCUGCUCAAGUCAAACCUGGUGUUUGUUCUUGCUGUUGCCUUUUACUUGUGAAAAGCUGAUAAAUCUCAGAUGUUCAUUCUCUGUACUGCGUAUGAAUACUGGAGUCAAAGGAGCGAUGAGGAGAGAAGUGAAUGUAAAAGUUUUACCAGAAGACUAGUUUUCUAUAGAAAGAGGUACUUGAGAUUUUAUAUUUUGGGACCUACAUGAAAGAUGUUUGAUGUACAUAUUUUGUCUAUAAAUGUUGAUAUACAUUAUAUAAGUGUAUUAAUAAAGUAUUUUUUUCCCGUGGAAA